AUGGCAUUACCUUUCGCUGCAUUUGGUUGGAGAACGGUUAACGUCCAGCGAUACCGUCAAGACCUGUACAAAGCUGUAGAAAAUCGAGAUCACGAUAAAGUAAUGUCGGCCAUAAGAAACGGAGCUAGAUGGAAAAUUCCCGAUCAGUAUGGUGAGACGGUACUGCAUAUGGCAGUGAAAAAAUCCUGUAAAGAGACCCACGAACAGAUCAAAGUCAUCAGAAUUUUGGAAUGGUUUCUGAAACAGAAAAAAUUAAAAGUCGAUAUAAAGUGUAGAGCUGGAAAAACGGCAUUGCACAUUGCAGUUAGAAAUGGAAUGCUUGAAGUUGUGGAAUAUCUGCUAGCAAAAGGUGCCGAUCUGAAUGCUCGGGAUGGGCGUGGAAAUCGGGUGGCUCAUUAUAUGAUAGAAGGCGAGUUUGAGAGGUACUUCCAAUAUUGUAGGAGAGUUACUUCGGCUGACGAGAUGCGACCUUACCACCGACAAUCCGUAGAUUUUUUUGAUAAAAUGCUGGCAAAGAACAUUCCAGUUGAUUGCAUCAAUAAGAAUCGCGAUACUCCUCUUCGAAUGGCUGUUAGACGAAAUUUACUGCACGUACUACCAAUUUUAUUAGAGUACACCAAAGAUAUCAAAUGCCGCGACAAGCAUAGAAAGACUGUCCUUCACUUGUUCAUUGAAAUAUUCAAGAGUUUCAAUCAUUCCGAAAAUGUCCCAAAGCAUUUUAAAGUAUUAUCUAUUUCUACUACUUAUUACGACAAAGCUCUUAUAAUAGACAUUUUGAAAAUGAUGUUAGAAAAAGGCUACUCCGCUAGUGCAACUGACGACGAAGGAAACACACCGUUGCACAGCGCAGCAUAUCGUGAUUGUCCUGAACUCACUGAAAUAAUGCUGCAGAACUUUAGAAAGGUCAAUAUUUGUAACAAUAAUGGUAACACUAUACUUCAUAUUGUCAUUGAUAAUUGCAUCGAUCUAGUAAAUAGGCAGCACAAGAGAGAAUGCACCAAAUUCGUUCGCAUUUUACUGUCUAAGGGUGCGGAUAUUAAUAAAACAAAUAAAAAUGGUUACACACCUCUGCAGCUAGCAGUGAUACGAUCAAAUCCAACAAUAACACAAAUUUUGAAAAAUCACGGAGCUGAUUUGAAGGAGCCGUGCAACGGUGGGAACUUGUUGCAUCUACUGAGCCAAAAGUCGAGUAAAGUCAUCAGUUCGUCGAAAUUAGAAGAGUUGAUUGGUUUACUAGUAAGUCAAGGUUGCGAUGUAAAUGCUAGGGACAAAUACGGCAUGACUCCAAUGCAUUGGGCAGCGCAAUCAAGAAGGAACGCAGUGAUAAUUGGAUUAAUGAAGUGUCAUGCCAACGUGGAUGCCAGAGAAUUGAACGUACGGAGGCUCACUCCGUUGCAAAUGGCAGUAGACAACAAUGACGGCUAUUCGAUAGACACGCUAGUCAACGUUGGAGCCGAUGUGAAUGCCAAAGAUGCCACGGGAAAGACUGCACUGCAUCUGGCCGUGAAAUUCAAAAGUGAUCUAGUGAAAAAGCUCUUGAGCUUAGGAGCGCACGUCGACAUUGAAAAUGACGCAAAAUCUGUUCCGCUGCAUUACGCGAUAAAGAAACAAAAUGGCACUGCAUUGGCGGAGUUGUUAAAAUACGGCGCGGAUGUCAAUGACGAUGGUACGUAUCGAGUACUUGUCGGAUUGCCUGAUCCCGGCAGUGUACUUCAUUGGCGGUCGAUACUCGAGCACUGGAUCAAAAUGAACGUCGCGGGACUGCCUGUAGCUCCACACUACAGGGCAGAUAUCUCGGCCGGAUCCUUUCAAGACCUUUACCAAGAUUGUCUGAAAGAGAUACAAGAUUUGAAACGUUACGAGAUCGGUGAU